AUGAUCGGCAGCAAUGAACCCGGAGCCACGGGAGCGUAUCACCCCGCACCCCUGACUGUUCUCACCCUCAAUUGCAGAGGCCUAAAUAUACCUGAACGGAGAACCCACAUGUUGCUAGAGAUGAGGAAAAGACACAUAUCAAUCGCACUACUACAGGAAACACAUUUCCGAAAGGACGCUGCACCCAAACUACAGAAUAAAUACUACCCGAUCAACCACUUUUGCGAUCAUCCUACGACCCGGAGGGCCAGUGUUGCCACUUUAAUCGCUGGAGACCUAGAAUUCCAACUGCUGGACAGAUUAUGGGACGACCAGGGCCGCUUCCUAUUCCUGAAAGGGACAAUUGCGGGUAUGCUCUACACACUCGCUAAUAUCUACACACCCAAUAAAAGACAAGCUCAGUUCCUUAGGGUUACGCUAGACAAACUGAAAGGCUUCUCCGAGGGCACACUAAUCCUCGGGGGGACCUCAACGCACCCUUGA